AUGUUGCCCAAUUCACCUGGGCCGAAGCUAGGGAAGUUCAAGGAUGGAAACCACGGCACUGUCCGGUUCGUAAAAGGGCUCGGCAGCGGCGCCCACAGCCACGUCUGGAAGGUCAAGAUCGACGGCCACAAGUAUGCGCUCAAGAUGUUCAGGCAUAUCAGGGCCGAGGAGGAGAAUGCCGCCAGCGCUGAGAAGCUCGAGAGGUUCGGCGUCGACCUGCAGCUGCUGAACGACCAGCUCACGCCGUUCAACUGCGAGGCGCGAGCAUACGGCCGCCUAAAGGAGACGGGCAACGAGGACAUAGCCUGGCGGUGUUACGGCUAUCUCGCCCUGGACGAGGCCACCUACGCCUCGGUCGUGUGGGACAGGAUCGGGCUGCCGCGCAGGGAGUGGUUCUCCCAGUCCAUAUCCACGGACGCCGAGGUGGCCGACAGGCCCGUAUUCCCCAUCUACGCGCUGGUCAAGGAGUUCAUCCCGGACGCGAGCAGGCUGGGCGCCCUGGACAUCGGCAAGGCGCACGACAUGGCGCAGGGGAUCAACAAGCUGCACAGCAUCGGCAUCACCCACCGCGACAUCCAGGACAGGAACUACGUCGACAGCCGCAUCAUGGACUUCAGCACCUCGUGGACCGUGCCCAACAUCCGCCUCGACCGCGCGCUCAGGUGGGACCUGAAGCGCCAGAUCGACGAGGCCGACACCAACGACUACUUCAUGUUCGACGACAUGAUAGAGAAGUGGAACGACGAGCACCCGGACUUGCCGCGGUCGAGUUACCGCAUGACCCAGGGCGACAAGUACCGCCCCGUGGCAAAGGCACCGCGCACGCGGGGAGAAAAGCGCGGCUCGUCCUCCUCCGGCGGGUCCUCGUCCUCGGAGGAGAUGGAGGAGAUACCCAUCCUGGAGAGGAUGCGCGACAACAGGUACCUCGUCCUCGCCAGCUCGUACGACUGGGUGGGCAGGAAGCCCGCGGUCGCCCAGCCGCACAUCAUCGCGCCGCCCACGCCGGGUAACGGCGGCGGCGGUGGCGCCGUUCCAACGCCGCCGCCCGAGAGCUCGGGACCGCCCGCGCCGCCGAGGUGGCCGCCUCUUGGAUUCUUUGUCCCGGGGUUCCCCAUCACAGGGUUCCCACUCCCUGGAUUUCCAACGCCGGGCUCGCCGUCGUCCACGGGGUCUCCCACACCAGGCGCCUCCGGGACGGGGCCCUCCACGACGGGGGCCACCAUGCCCGGACCGUCCAUGCUGGGACUUCACACCACAACGGGUCCUUCGACAUCCAAGAUGGGGCCUGGGGAUGGCACGGCCGGCGGCAAUCACCCUCGCAGGAGGAGCCGCGAGGCCAGGAAGCUCGAGGCCAUCAGGGAGGCGGCCGGCGGCCUCAGCUCCGCGUGCGACGCCCUGAAGGCGGCGGCGCAGAACAUCGUCGACAUCAUCAAUGCUGGUGACAGUCCUCCCGAUGAUGAUGACGAUGAUGAUGAUGAUGAUGGCGACAACGGCGACCCCCCGCCCGGUACGCGGCAGCAGCAGCAGCAGCCUGCUCAACCGCCCGGCUCGGCGCUGCCGCCUGACAGAUGGAGCAGGCGGAGGCGGGACCGUGAAGACGACGACGCUGACGACGGCUCCGCGCGGCCCGCGCGCAGGCCCAGGUGGAGCCGUGGUGGCUUUCUGCGACCCCUGCCCGGUCGUACUCAUCCGGUUUCUUGA